AAGCAAUAGUAAUGAAAUUUCAAAAUAUCUCAAUGUUUUCAGACAUCAGCGCAUGAUGUAAAUAGAUGCUUUAGUACUGUAUGCAGCUUACUUAAACACAGUAACAUCAUUACUCUUAGGGUUAAAGUUUAAUAUUUUUAUUUAUCUGCAUUAAAAGAACGUACGUUUCGUUUUAAAUAGUCGAUGACAAUCACUGUAAAAAAUGAAAAGGCAGUAUGACCAUACAACAUGCAAUCGUUCUUAGACAGGUCAACGAACUAUCCAUUGCACUUAUUCAAAUGGCCGUUACGGCUUCUAAAGAAGCAAAUCUUGAAAAAGCUUCGGAGUUAAUAGCAAAAGCUGCCGGUGAAGGUGCCAAAUUGGUGUGUUUGCCCGAAUUUUUCAAUAGUCCCUACGAUUUGCGUCAUCUUGAUGUUUAUGCUGAAAAGAUACCGGGUCAGACAAGUACUGUUUUAUCAAAUGCUGCAAAAAACAAUAACAUAUAUUUGAUUGGAGGUACCUAUCCUGAGGUAGAUGAUGAUAAAUUUUAUAAUACCUGUUUAGCAUUUGGUCCAAAUGGAGAAACAUUAGCCAAGUUUAGAAAGAUCCAUCUUUUUGAUAUUGAUGUACCAGGUAAAAUCACAUUUAAAGAAUCUAAUUCAAUUUCACCUGGAAAUUCUUUAGUAACUUUUGAUGCUGCAUUUGUGAAAGUUGGACUUGGGAUAUGUUAUGAUGUGAGAUUUCCACAUCUUGCCAGUUUAUAUGCUGAUAAAGGAUGCCAUUUAUUGGUAUAUCCUGCUGCAUUUAAUAUGACCACGGGUCCUGCUCACUGGGAAAUACUUCAUAAAGGUCGUGCAUUGGAUAAUCAAGUGUAUGUUGCCAUGAUAUCACCAGCCAGAGAUGAAAAUGCUCCCUAUGUUGCUUGGGGACAUAGUUCUUUUACAGAUCCAUGGGGAAGAGUUAUUACCAAAGCAGAAGAGAAAGAAACCAUUUUGAAAGCUGAAAUUGAUCUAGAUUUAUUAGAAGAAGUUCGACAACAGAUUCCUUUAAGAAAACAACAACGAAAGGAUCUAUAUCAGCUUUCUGAUAAAAAAUAAAUAGUAAACUAUUUAGAUGAGAAUUUUAAUAUAUUUUUGUAAUAUAAUACAAUGAUUGUAAAUUAUAAAUAAGAAAAUAUAUUUUAUUAAUUAAAAUAGACCAAUGAAAAGUUAUAGGACAAAACUUUUAUUCAGAUGUUUAUCAAAAUCA